AUGGGCAAAAUUAAAAAUUUCAGUUGUGUUCUUGACCUCUCCAAGUGUCCUUUCAUUCAGGGAAAAAUGUUGUUUGCUCAGCCCAAGGAAGCUGGCUUUUCAUUUAGCCACGAUAUCAAUAGUCCUUUGGCCAGCCUCUCCAUUGUUGGAAACCUGAUCCGCACUCCGGACCCCGCUGUUAAGGAGAAGGCAUUAUGUGCCCUGAAUAACUUGAACGCGAGUGUCGAAAAUCAGGGCCAAAUUAAGAUGUACAUCAAUGAAGUGUGUCGAGAGACUGUGUCACAUUGCUGCAACUCAUUUCUGCAGCAGGCUGGAUUAAACUUGUUAAUAAGCAUGACAGUUAUUAAUAACAUGCUUGCCAAGUCCGUUUCAGACUUGAAGUUUCCUUUGAUAUCAGAGGGAAGUGGAUGUGCUGAGGUUCAGGUUUUGAAACCGUUGAUGGGUUUGUCUGAAAAGCCAGUCUUGGCAGGGGAAUUGCUGGGUGCCCAAAUGCUGCUCUCAUUCACGUCCCUCUUUAUCAGGAACGGAAACAGACAGGUUCUCCCAGACACCCUGGCCUCUUAAAUGGCUAUCUGGAACAGAAUGGGACUGAAUCCACCCCAAACCCGUUGGGCGAACGCACCCUUGUGUUCUCGGUCAAAGAAUUGCAGUGGGUGCUACUGAAGAUCCAGCCUUAGCCAAUCAGCACCUCAUGGGGUAAAAGUUAACACUUGCUAAACAGAGGACCACACUCUUAGUGGCCAGGCAGGCAGGGCUCCCACGGAGCUCUGAGUAACUUCUUGGUUCUGCAGUCUGCAGGCAAUGCACAUUGUAAAUUACUCCCUUGCAGCCUUCUUCCUGCGGCGAAGGGAUGAUUUCAGCUGCCAGCUGUGGAUAAAAAACAUCAUGUUAUAGCGUCACAAGGGAUACCUUGCCUGUGGUGGUCUCCCUGUGUAAGCUGGACCGUUUUGUGGAGACCAGACACAUAUCGGAGCUUGUGCUGAAAAUGCAAUUUGUUGCUGCUUAGGUUGAAUUCUUUUUCAUUUACUCUUUCUUCUAUGUGACCUGAUGGAUAAUGAACCUGUUCAUCAAGAAGUACACGCCCCUUCUAUGUGCUCUACUGACUUAACCUCAUCCACCCAAGCCUGCAUUUCUAUGUAUCAUCAAUAAAGUUGUAUGCUUUGAUCGGCAAA